UCAGAAUAAAGCGCAGAGAAAGGCAGGAUUAUACACAUGGCAGGUUAGAGAAAGGGAGAGAGAGAGAAGGAGAGGAUGGGAGUAAAAAGCGACAGAGGGAGGCUUAAGACUACAGAGGCGAGCACCCUUUGUUGCUGAGUUCAGCUGUGAUGGACGGCUUAUGUUUAGGGGAAGAGUGAAGGAGUCCCUCAAUGCACCACCAUAAAAUUUGUAGGACUGCUGAGGAUGUUCUUCUUCACUGAUCAAACUUUGGUCUGACUAAACCAGGAACGCGGACUUCAAGGAAGGUGAAGAAGAAAGUUGGUGUAUUCGAUGUGAUCCGAAGAUAGUAGGCAAAAGAGGGACGGAAACAAAACCCAAGGGAAGACCAGUCAGAAGGGACCAGGUGAUUGAGCCUUCAGGGUGAAUAACAAGUCAAGCAAGAGCGGGAGUAAGGCUGGACAAGAGAGCACUGCUCAACACGAGAGAGGGUUCGGCUGCAGAAGUGGAGAUAAGCAGUCGAGAACAAAAUUAGUCUACAGAGAAAGAGAGGUUGACGCUGGACUCCGAACUAAAGAGAGAUCAAGGCUGACUCAAGUCUUUGCUGCCUGAUUAGGGUGAGGAGAGGCAGCGGUGGCGGAGGGGAGCUGGGAGACCCGAUCAACAGAACGUGAGAGCCAGCAAGAGGAGGAGAGAAGAGAGAAAGAAUUACAAGAGGACGCUUGGCGAAAGAAGCCUCUUAAAUCUGGGAGCUGGAAUUAGAGCCGCAGAAACUGCAGAGGGGAAGCCACAAAACCACACUUGUCUCACCCCUUGUUCUCCUUCUUUCUCCUACAUCCCUGAAUCCACAGGUGAAGAUGCCUGCUAAUGGGAACCGUCCCUUGAAGUUGCAGUUUGGUCUUAUCAACCAUGAGGGUCGCUACCUCACUGCUGAGGCCUUUGGCUUUAAGGUGAAUGCAUCAGCACCCAGCAUGAAGAAGAAGCAGAUAUGGACUCUAGAGCAGGACUCUCAGGACACCCAGGUGGUCUACUUGCGCAGCCACCUGGGACGCUACCUGGCCUCUGACAAGGACGGCAAAGUCACCUGCGAGGCGGAUGGGCAAAAUUCAGACUGCCGCUUCCUCAUCGUGGCUCAAUCAGACGGUCGCUGGGCCCUGCAGUCCGAGCAACAUCUCCGCUUCUUCGGGGGCUCUCGGGACUACCUGUCCUGCUUUGCCCAGCUGAUCACAGAUGCUGAGCUGUGGGCAGUGCACCUGGCGCUACAUCCGCAGGCCAACCUGCUGUCUGUGGCCCGCAAGCGUUACGCCCACCUCUCCAUGGAGGAUGGGGAAAUUGCUGUGGAUAUGAACAUUCCCUGGGGUGUGGCAGCACUCCUGACCCUUGUCUACUUGGAUGGGAAGUACUGCCUUAAGACCUGCGACAGCCGCUUCCUCAGCAACGAUGGGAAGCUCUUGACGCAGAGUGGAAGGGCCACAGCCUACACGCUGGAGCUGAAGUGUGGAAAGCUUGCCUUUAAAGACUGUGAGGGGAAGUAUUUGUCUCCCAUGGGGCCUACAGGCACCCUGAGGUCUGGACGGUGCUCCAAGCCAGGCAAAGAUGAACUGUUUGACCUAGAAGAGAGCCACCCACAGGUGGUUCUGAUGGCCGCCAACGGGCGAUAUGUCUCCAUAAGACAAGGAGUAAGCCUUGCAGCCAAUCAGGAGGAUGAGACAGACAUGGAGACAUUUCAGAUGGAGAUUGACAAGGAGACCAAGAAGUGUACAUUCCGCACCAGCCAAGGAAACUACUGGGAUCUGGUGGCCCACGGAGGCAUCCAGAGCACUGCCACUGAAGUGUCAGCAAACACCAUGUUUUCAGUGGAGUGGCUCGGCCACAAGGUGGCACUGAAAGCUAACAAUGGAAAAUACAUCUGCACCAAGAAGAACGGUCAGCUCCUGGCUGUCAGUGAUUCCAUAGGCGAGGACGAACAACUCACUUUGAAACUGAUCAACCGACCCAUGCUGAUCCUGAGAGGAGAGAACGGAUUCAUCUGCCACCACAAGAACUCCAACACACUGGACGGCAGCAGAUCGGUCUACGACAUUUUCACACUGCAUUUUAGCAAUGGGGCGUACCACAUUAAAGGUGUCGAUGGGCGGUUCUGGUAUGUGAACAGUGCUGGGCUGGUGUGCUCAGACGGUGAGGUCCCUGAGGAUUUCACUCUGGAGCUCCUGGAACACGGUCGCCUCGCCAUCCGUGGCAAGAAUGGCAAAUACCUGCGUGGAGACCAGGGAGGCACGCUGAAGGGAGAUGGACUCACCCUGAGCAGCUCAGCCCUUUGGGAGUAUUAACACAAUCCAAUAUUAGUCCUGACUCUGACUCCCCUCUCAUCGUCGAGUUGCUCGGCUGCUAUUCACCAAUCAAAAGCCAGCAUCAGUACUUUAUUAAGUUAAACCCUGUGGCACUUUGAAGUGAAAGACAGUUACUCAUCAGAGACGAGUUACAGCUUGUCCUGAUUUCAUCCCACUUUUCUCUCCUUCCUGUUCCAAAGAGGUGGCAACAGAGACUUGCAACAGAUUAUUGACUCAUACAGCAGGAGAAAGAACUGACCACAUUCAGCCAAGAAAGUGAUGAAGUGAACAAUGUUUUAAGUCAACUUGAUCAUGAAACAGCAAAAAAAUUGUGUGAAUGAACUUUAGAGUUUCUGUGUUGAUCCUUAAGUUGUUGAUGUUUUUCAUUGAGCAUGCGCUGCGAGAUUGAAUCAUUGUCUGAAACUAAAAUACAGAUUAAAAAAAAACAUUCCUCCAUCUUAGUAAAGACAUGUAGAUUUCUCAGUAUCCUUCAACCACUGCAGAUGUCAAACCAAGCAAACUUUAUCUUUUCAUGUCAUCGUUUCUCCUCGUCCGUAUCUCUCCAGCCUGUCUCCCUCUCCCUAAAGGUAUUACAUUACUGACAGUCUAACAAGUGCAACAAAUCGGGGUGCCAUUUGAGACAGACAAGGUCCCCAUUACAAGAGAGGUCAGCUUUUAGCAGUCUUUAGCAUAGUGCUGGUGUCUGGGGAUGUAUAUUAGCAGACAAGAAUGAUUGGGUUUCUGGUCGUCAACUGCAGAAACAGUAGAAGACUGUAACCGAGACUCAUGUACAUGGUAGCUGUACUAAUUCCAACUUGUAACUGGAAGUGGAUGGACUUUGCAUUUGUCCCUCUGUAAUGUUUUACUACAUUUCCUCUUUCUUUUAUGAACAUAAAGAUUAAGAAAAUA